GGCUAUUGGUAUAUGGAUGGACGCGUCACUUCACCAAUACAUUUUAAGGGAUCCUGAAUUUAAGAAUAAUGCCUCGAAUCUUCUAAUAUGGACCGGGUCCUUAAUUCUGGUGAUUAGUUCAUUGGGGUGUUGUUCUACUGUGAAACGACAACCAGUACUGCUAUAUGUGUACGCAGCCGUUUUAGCCAUCGUUUUUGUUCUGGAACUGGGUGCUUGCAUAUCCAUAUUCGCAUACCGUUCGAAGUUCAUUGGAAGCGUCGACGAAGGACUUACUCGUGGUGCCAUGUAUUAUUAUAACGACCCCCAAGUCUCUUCUGAAUGGGAUCUAAUUCAGGAAAGGGUAAGACGGAUAUAUACAGGGUCUUCCGUAAAUAUACUGAACCGAGCUCUGAUCGUCCGCGAAUAUCUUAAUGAGGUUGGCAUUCAACGAUUAGWGUGGGAUCAGCGCAAACGACGUAUUCGCCGAYGAGAUCCUACCCCUGAGAACUUGGCUGAACUUGAAAACGCGGGUCUUCAAGAAUGGCACAACAUACCCCGAGAAUUCAUUACAAAGCUUUUAUUGGCACUCCAAGACGUUUAA